AUGAUUUCAUCUGUUUUCCGGACUUUUUAUUGCAUUUCAAAAAUGCCAAUUCAAAACGAUAUUGUCGGAAAGUGGAAUUUUGUUUCGUCGGAAAAUUUUGACGAAUAUCUGAAAGAAGUUGGUGUAGGAUGGGCUGUGCGUGUCGUUGCCACGAAGACGAAACCAACACUCGAGUUUCAUGUCGAUGGUGAUGAGUGGACCAUGAACUCGCAGUCUACGUUCAAGAAUUUCACCACGAAAUGGAAGAUUGGAAAUCAAUACGAUGACAAGACUGCUGACGGACGUGAUGUUUCGAACCUUUUCACAAUCGAAAACGAUCGUCUUGUGCAAGUCGAGACCGGAAAGAAUGGUGGAAAGGAUUCUCGCAUUGAACGAUAUAUUGAAGAUGGAAAAUUGGUUAUUGUUUGCACUUGCAACAACGUCAAAUGUACUCGCGUUUAUGCAAAAGCUGCGUAA